CGUCCGGCCCGUCCGGCGCCCCGGUCCGCGGGGCCGCUUGAGGCCGGGCAACCUUACCGGAACAAGACACCGUCCAGCCAUGCAAGGAGAUGAGGAGCGGCCUCCCCAGGAGGCUGACAUGGAACCUGUCGUGACGUCAGGGCCUCCGGAGUCGGUGCCCAGGGUGCUCGCCGGAGACCCCCAGAGUCUGUCUGACAUGGAAGCCUUCAACCUGCUCCUGGAGAUGAAACUGAAGAGGCGGCGUCAGCGACCCAACCUGCCACGCACCGUGACCCAGCUGGUGGCUGAGGACGGGAGCCUGGUGUACGUGGUGGGCACCGCCCACUUCAGUGACGACAGCAAGAGGGAUGUGGUGAAGACCAUCCGGGAGGUGCAGCCGGACGUGGUGGUCGUGGAGCUGUGCCAGUACCGAGUGUCCAUGCUCAAGAUGGACGAGCGGACGCUGCUGCGCGAGGCCAAGGAGGUCAGCCUGCAGAAGCUGCAGCAGGCUGUGCGGCAGAACGGACUCAUGUCCGGCCUCAUGCAGAUGCUGCUGCUGAAGGUGUCGGCCCACAUUACCGAGCAGCUGGGCGUGGCCCCCGGCGGCGAGUUCAGGGAAGCCUUUAAGGAGGCCAGCAGGGUGCCCUUCUGUAAGUUCCACCUGGGCGACCGGCCCAUCCCGGUCACCUUCCAGAGAGCCAUCGCAGCGCUGUCCUUCUGGCAGAAGGUCAAGCUGGCCUGGGGCCUGUGCUUCCUGUCAGAUCCAGUCAGCAAGGAUGACGUGGAACGCUGCAAGCAGAAGGACCUGCUGGAGCAGAUGAUGGCAGAGAUGACUGGCGAGUUCCCAGACCUGCACCGCACCAUCGUGGCAGAGCGUGACAUCUACUUGACCCACACGCUGCGGCAGGCUGCCCGGCGCCUCGAGCUGCCACGCAUCUCCGAGGCUGAGCCCAGGAAGUGUGUUCCCUCUGUGGUGGUGGGUGUCGUGGGCAUGGGCCAUGUGCCCGGCAUUGAGAAGAAUUGGCGUGCAGAUCUCAACAUCCAGGAGAUCAUGAGCAUCCCCCCGCCGUCCAUCUCCGGCAGAGUGUCCCGGCUGGCCGUGAAGGCGGCCUUUUUCGGCUUGCUGGGUUACGGCCUGUUCUGGAUGGGCCGCCGCACCAUGAGCCUGGUCCUGUCGCUGCCCGCUGCCCAGCACUGCCUCCAGAGGGCCACCUCCGCCCGGCCCAGUCAGUAAGGGCCCGACCCGAGGUCCGUGCCACCCCCCAUGGGGGUCCGGGCCAGGACAGCCCAAAUAAAGGAUGAUUUGCCUGAGUGAGCUCAGAGUUCCUGGCGCCCCCUCCCCAGGCCCCGCAGGGCCCCGCCCAGCAUCAGGACCCAGUGAGCCCCCGAGGGGGCUCGCGGCUGGGCCCGCCUCACUGUGCCUUGGGGGCUCUGGGCCUGGGCUGGCGCAAGUGGGAGAUCCGCACACUGCAAUGUGGCUUUUAAAUGUCUGAAUGUUCACUCAGGUAACUGUAAACUCAGCCGAAGCAGGUGCCAGGGCCAAGCUUUAACCUGGGGGACAGCCUCGUUCUUGGGCUUGCAUUCCUGUGGGCGAGUAUGCAGCCCAAAGGCCGCUUGAGGCCGGGGUGGCCCCGGGCGGCCGAGGCUACCUCUCCGGCCCAGCCUGUGCAGGCAGAAGGGGCUGGGCCUGCUUCCGGAGCCCCCAUGGGGCCGCCCUGAGCCAGCACCCACUGGGCCCCUGAUCAGGUGUGGCCUGUGUCAACCCUCAAUCCCAGCAGGUGAAUCCCAUCCGAGCCGUGUCUGCGCCUCAGAAACCAAUAAAUUCUAGUUUUGGAA